AUGAAAUUAAGAAUUGAAAUUCAACGUUUUUACUAUUCAAUACCCGUCCGGGUUGUAAAUUGCUUUAUCAUCGGUGUAAUAACAUGUCUUUUGAUCUCCAUUGGAAUUGUUAUUGUUUGUCUAACUGCCGCCAAACCAAAAGUACAACAAUGUGGAAUGAAUUUUGUCCGAAUAUCCAAAGAUCCGAUUGAAUAUAAUUACGGUCCAAAUUCAAUUGCUAUUGGUGAUUUUAACAACGAUACGUGGAUUGAUUUGGUUGUUGCAAAUUCUUUUGUAAAUUCGAUAAGUCUUUAUUUUGGAAAUGUUAAUGGGACGUUUUCGAAAGAAAAAGAAUAUUCAACUGGUGUCAAUUCGAAUCCAAUGAUGGUUGCGGUCAAUGAUUUGAAUAAUGAUGAGAAUUUGGAUAUCGUAGUUGCAAAUUAUGAAACUCAUUCCAUUGGAAUAUUUUAUGGAUUUGGUAAUGGAUCUUUUCAGAAUCAAACGGAAAUUUCCACAGGAAUUUCACGUCCAAGAUUUGUUAAUUUAAUUGAUUUUAAUAAAGAUUCAUUUGUGGAUAUAAUUGUAAUUAAUUAUGGAACAGAUUCCAUUUCGAUCUUCUACGGAAAUGGAAAUAAUGGAUUUGAAAAAUUAUUUUCUUAUUCAGCCGGUUAUGACUCAUAUCCUUAUUCGUUAGCAAUAGGUGAUUUAAAUCAUGAUCAAUAUUUCGAUAUUGUCAUUGUGAAUUAUGGAACAAAUAAUCUUCAUAUGUUGUUUUUCAAUAAAAGUAACACAGUUGGUCAUCGAAUGAUCAUUUCAACUGGUAUCAAUUCUCGUCCAACGUCAGUUGUGUUGGCUGAUUUCAAUUCAGAUCAAUUUGUUGAUAUUGCUUUCACAAAUUUUGGUACAAACGAGACCAGAAUUCGAUUUAAUGAUGUCAAUCAAACAUUUACGAAAGAAGCUUUCUACCAAUCGUAUUCUACCUCUCCUUAUUCAAUUGGCAUUGGCGAUUUUAAUGGAGAUAAUCAUAUAGAUUUAUUUAUCAUUAGUAUAGGAACAUAUAAUACUGAAGUACAUUUGGGUAAUGGAUAUGGAGGUUUUGACAGUACAGGUGCAAGAUCAACAGGAUCAUCUUCGUCAAUAUCAUUUGCUCUGUGUGAUUAUAACAAAGAUAAUCGAUUAGAUGCAAUUACUGUCAAUAAUGAUACUGGAAGUAUUAGUAUUCUCAAUGGAUAUUUUCAAGGUUUCACCGAACCUCUAUGGUCCUAUGUUCCGUAUAAAACAAUGUUUGUAGUUGUUAGCGAUAUGAAUAAUGAUAGAGUAUUGGAUAUGAUACUUGUUGGUAGUAAUGAUAAUUCCAUAAUGGUUUCUCUUGGAGCUGACAAUGGAUCAUUUCCAAGUGGAAAAUGGUACCCUACUGAUCUCUUUCCAACGUCUUUAGCUGUUGCUGAUUUGAAUAAUGAUACAAAUAUGGAUGUAGUUGUGACUAAUAGUAAUAGUAAUAAUAUUUAUGUAUUUCUCGGUAAUGGUAAUGGUACGCUUCAAAAUCCACAGAUAUUCUCAACAGGCUCAGCGCCAAUGUCUGUUGCUGUUGAUGAUUUGAACAAUGAUAACCGAUUAGAUAUUGUUGUUACCAAUUCUAAGAAUAACACUGUGAGUAUUUUACUGGGAUUUGGUAAUGGUAGUUUUCAAGCUGAAAUGAAGCAUUCAAUUAAUAAUGCACCACGAUCUGUAGCUAUUAAUGACUUCAAUAAUGAUAAUCUACUUGACCUUGUUGUCACUAAUUUAUAUAACAAGAGUAUCAGCAUUCUAUUGGGUUUUGGAAAUGGAAGUUUCGCAAGCGAAAUAAGAUAUUCGACUGGUACACAGCCAUAUUUUAUAGCUGUUGCUGAUUUGAAUAGUGAUACAUAUAUGGAUGUUGUCGUUUCGAAUUAUGUUAGUCAAACGAUAAGUGUUCUGUUAGGGCAAGGUGAUGGUUCUUUUGCAUCACAAGUUACGCACGGAACAGGCACUGGACCAGCAUUUGUAGCAAUUGAUGAUAUGAAUAACGAUACACGAUUAGAUCUUGUUAUUGCUUGUGUUGAUACAACUUCUGUCUAUGUUUUAUUUGGACAUGGCGAUGGGUCAUUUGACACUUCCGUGCCGUAUUUAACUAAUUCAAACUCUUUCUCUGUUGCAAUCGCGGAUUUGAACAACGAUACACGAUUAGAUAUAGUUGUAACAGAUAAAAAUACACUUAAUGUAAGUGUCUUGCUUCAAUCUAAUACUGGUGCACUGUCAACUCAAUUAACAUUGGCAUCUGGUGGUGCAUCGAAGUUGCGAUCGAUAAUUGUUAGUGAUAUCGACAAUGAUACGUACCUAGAUAUUGUUGUUGCUAAUUAUGGUACAAAUGAUAUUGGAAUUCUUUUUGGAAAGGAAAAUGUCACGUUUGAAGAUCAAAUAUUCAUUGAUAUGCAGUCAAAUUCUCAACCAUCGUCCAUUGUUAUGGGUUAUUUCAAUGGCGAUGAUCAAUUAGAUAUAGCUGUAAGUUUGUUUAAUACUGGACAAAUAGGACUGUUAAUUGAAGAUGACCGAGGAUCUUUUAUUCUUCAACGAAGUGAUUCCAAUACUUUUACACCAUAUCCAACCUUUCUUUCUGCAGGCGAUUUCAACAAUGACAAACGAUCCGAAGUAGUUGUUGCACAUAAUAGUAGUUAUAUUGACAUAUUUAAUAUAUAUAAUACGGGAUCUUUUAAAGACCAAAUACAAUAUUCAACUGGUGUACGUCCACGACAUUUAGUUUUGGGCUAUGUUAAUAACGAUAGUUAUGUUGACAUUGUUGCUGUUAAUUAUGAUUCCGAAACUCUAGGGAUUUUUCUUGGACAUGGCAAUGGCAGUUUUGCAGAUCAAUUAUCAUAUUCAGUCGGUUACAGUCCAGAAUCUGUAGCCGUUGGUGAUUUCGAUAAUGAUAAACGAUUAGAUGUAGUUAUUGCUCAUGAUAACAUUAAUUCUAUUUCUGUGUUACUUGGCUAUGGUAAUGGUACGUUCAAAAGUCUAACGAGAUAUUCAGUCGGUUCUAUUUCGGCGUGGUCUGUAGCGGUCGGUGACUUUGAUGACGAUCAAAAUCUCGACAUAAUUGCUAUUACUACCGGUUAUGUAUUCAGUCUGUUCCGAGGCUAUGGCAAUGGGACGUUCACACUGGAAAUCAAUUAUAAAGAUGACUCUGAUAGACGACACGUUGUUGUAGCUGAUCUUAAUAAUGAUACUUAUUUGGACUUAGCUAUUGCUAAUUAUGGUUCUAGUAAUGUCGGCAUUUUCUUGGGAUUUGGUAAUGGUACAUUUGCUAAAGAAAUGACAUUUCCAGUGGAUACGUACCCAAUGUAUUUAGCUAUCGAAGAUCUUAAUAACGAUACUCGAUUAGACAUUGCUGCAGCUACUUUAGCUCACGGUACUGUAAGUAUCCUUCUCGGAUACGGUAAUGGGUCUUUUCAGGGUAAAGAAACACAAUCAGUAGGCAUUAUCGACGUAUGUGUAGCAAUUGAUGAUUUUAAUAAUGAUGAUUAUCCAGAUAUCAUUGUCGCCAAUCUUGGUAAUAAUUCUGUCAGUGUUUUGUUAGGCGAUGGAAAUGGAGGAUUUGAAUCUCAAAUAAUCUAUUAUACUGGAUCUGGUCCACAUUCUUUAGCAGUGAGUGAUCUAAAUGAUGACGCUAUACUUGACAUUGUUAUAGCAAAUUCUGGAGAUAGCACUAUAACUGUUAUGUUUGGUUGUCUAAAUUUGGUCUUUCGACAAAAAACAACAUUAUAUUUUAAUGAAGGAUCGCAAAUUCCAUCGUUUACUAUCAAUGAUUUUAAUAAUGAUACUUAUUUAGAUAUUAUUGUUGUUGAUUCAGUCAAUAAUAACAUUGGGAUUUUUCUUGGUUAUGGAAAUUUUUCAUUUACAUAUCAAAUAAUAUACUCAACCGGUUCGGGAUCAUCCCCAUAUUCUAUCGCAGCUGGUGAUUUCAAUCAUGACAAUCAAUUGGAUCUUGUUAUUGCUAACUUUGGCUCUGAUACCAUAGGAAUAUUUCUGGCGAAUGGAAAUGGUUCAUUCGUUAAUCAAACAGUCAAAUCAACAGGUUCUUUAUCAUCUCCGUAUUCUGUCAAUGUUGGUUAUGUUAAUAACGACACCAAUCUAGAUAUUAUAGUUGUCAAUUAUAAUAAUAAUAAAUAUGGAGUUUUCUUAAGUCAUGGUGAUGGAACAUUUGAUGAGAUGAUCUUCUAUGCAUUACCAUAUGGAUCUCAUCCAUUUUCGAUUAUUCCUGCUGAUUUUAAUAAAGAUGGAAAGACUGAUUUUGCUAUUGCAAAUGGAGGUACUGACAGUUCGAGUAUUCAUUUACAAACUUGUUAA